UCAGUGACAUUUUACCUCAUAACCUGUCGCGUCAUAAACAGCAUCCUUGUAAAUAAUCCAAACUCUACGUCCAUCUUUACCAUCAUGUCGUGCCACUUCCUCCAACGAAUAAACUUUGGUGGUGGCUGAUGCCGCCAUUUGCUCUCAUCGAGCGGCCAUUUUGACUAGAAUUUUGACCCGAAUUUAUGACUUUUACAUUAAUCAUUGCGUUUUAAUUGCUCUGUCAACACACAAAACAAUUGAUUAUACCACCACAGCAGUCUUUAAUUUGCCCUCAAGAUGGAAAUAAGCGACUUGGCGCAACUCUACGGCAAAGAAUUGCAUAUUUCCCAAAUUUCGAAAUGGUUGAGAGGCAGUGCAAGAGCACAAGAAAUCAAAAAACGCUCCGAAUUGGAUUCCAAAGAUGGCUAUGUGAUCGAUGAACAUGACCAGUUUUUCCGGGAUCACAAAUUAUUACUAGUCUUGUUCCGGGUUUUGGGUGUGAUGCCCAUCCAAAGGGGCGAAAUUGGUAAAAUUACUUUCGGAUGGACCAGCAUUCCCAUGCUCUACGCCUAUUUGUUUUACGUUGUUACUACAGUACUUGUCGUUUUAGUUGGCUUUGAACGAUUUGACAUUUUACUCAAUAAGAGUAAAAAAUUUGACGAGUACAUUUACUCGAUUAUUUUUAUUAUUUAUUUAAUACCGCAUUUUUUUAUCCCUUUUGUGGGUUGGGGCGUGGCUUAUGAAGUGUGUGACUAUAAGAAUAGUUGGGGGCGUUUCCAACUACACUACUAUAAAAUUACUGGCAAAAAUUUACAAUUCCCACUUUUGAGUACUUUGAUUAUUGUUAUAAGUUUAGGGUGUCUUAUUUUAGCCGUGGUGUUUUUAUUGACUUUAAGUGCUCUUCUUGAAGGUUUCACCCUGUAUCAUACCACGGCCUACUUGCACAUAAUUACGAUGAUUAACAUGAAUUGUGCCCUUUGGUAUAUUAAUUGUAGGGCGAUUGGAAAUGCGAGUACGGCCCUGGCUGAAAGUUUUCAAAUUGAUGUUGAUCGUAAUUGUUCCGCUUACAUUAUAGCCCAUUAUAGAGUGCUAUGGUUGUCAUUGAGUGACCUUUUGCAAAAAAUGGGCAACGCCUAUGCCAGAACCUACUCGACUUAUUCACUUUUCAUGAUGGCCAACAUUACAGUCGCGGUGUAUGGCUUCACUUCGGAGAUUGUAGACCAUGGAAUUCGUUUCAGUUUCAAAGAAAUCGGCCUUUUGGUCGAUUCCACUUAUUGUUUAUUUCUUCUUUUUGUUUUUUGUGACUGUUCUCAUCAAGCUUCAUUAAACAUUGCUCGACGAGUUCAAGAAACUUUGCUUCAAGUGAAUAUGAAUCUAGUCGAUCCAGCAACACGUAAAGAAAUUGAUAUAUUCUUGGUUGCAAUUCAAAUGAAUCCGCCUAAAGUCUCUCUCAAGGGUUAUACAGUGGUGAAUCGGGAAUUGGUAACAGCGGUAUGAAAAAAAAAAAUGUAUGUUACACGUGUGUGACAUUUCUAUUUAUAGAGCGUCGCGACUAUUGCUAUUUACUUAAUUGUUUUAUUACAAUUCAAAAUAAGUUUACUCAAUAUGCGAGGAUAAAUGAAAAGUUGUUAUAGUAACGUUUAGUUGACAACACAAACACAUUUUUAGGUCAAUAUCAUUCGAUUUAUCAAGGGUUAGUAGGAUAAAAAGCACUGACACGCAAUGAACACACACAUAUUUUUAUUUAUUAUUAUUAUUAUUGUAUUAAAUAUACAUUGUGAAGAGGUAAAAAUAUUAAAAUUAUUAUUAUUUUA